UCCACUAUAGCUUUGAUGCUACAGCCCAUACCACACUGUACCCUUCAUAUAUACUCAGAUUCCCCUCUCUCUUUCUCCCCCGUUCCAUCCAUUCCAACCUACUUCUACACCUCAAACCGCAUCAAGAUCCCUUCAUCUCCAUGGCCGACGAGUGGUGGAGUGGUUCACAGAGGAGCCACGGGACGUCGGCGUGCUCCGCCGCGCCACUCAUGGACACGGGUCACGCAGCCACAUGCGGCUGGACGUCCCCGGCCGCGGAGUCGACGAGCUCAAUAACCUUCCAGGAUCCCCACAGGAGCAGCAGUACUAUCGCUCAUCAGCCUUCAUCCGAUGCCGCUUCCUCGAUUGGUGAUGCACACAUGGACUGGACGCACGCCUUCUUGAGCGGGAGAAGCGACGCUAGCUUCCAAGCCGUGCUUCAAGACGACAUGCCGGCGUCAAUGACGACGAGGCCGUUAUUUCGUGCUCAUCAGCCGGCCGUCGACGAGGCCGUGAUGAGCAAUCCGUUCAGGGACAUGAGCCACAGCUUCAGCUUGCUCGACCAGGUGCCUGCAGCGUCGUCUCCGUACGGCACGGCGCCACUGCAAGGCAUGUUCGACAACGCCGGGGCGUCGCGCAACGUUUCGGUGUUGGGGGAGUGCCAGUCAUCCACCAGCUACGACGGCACGGCGGCGAUGCAGUUAAAUCAAGCGGCGACGCAGAUGCUAGGCGGUGGCGCCCAACUGCAGUACUUGUCCGGGUCCGGCGGCUACUUGCCUUUCGGCGGCGCCCCUCUAUCGUCGCAGCUUCUCUUGCAAGCCCUACAGCCCAAGACCAGCUACAGCUCUAGCUCCAAUACCCUCAUGGCGAAGUUUCUCCUGCAGUCUGCCGAGCACGCGUGCUCACCGCCGGUGAGGAGAAGCGAGCCCGACUCGCCUGCCGCGGCGAAAAGGCCACGGAUCGAGGCGCCGUCGCCGUUGCCCACGUUUAAGGUGAGGAAAGAGAAGCUAGGGGACAGAAUCACUGCGCUCCAGCAACUAGUCUCGCCUUUUGGAAAGACCGAUACCGCAUCGGUUCUUCACGAGGCCAACGAAUACAUCAAGUUCCUCCAUGACCAAGUUGCGUCUCUGACCUACCCGUACUUGAAGAAUGUGAACCCGUUGCAGCAGUUCCAGCAGAAGGGUUCCGAGAAUGCGAAGGACGAUGGUGGCGAGCCGAAGAAGGACCUCCGAAGCCGAGGCCUGUGCCUUGUGCCGGUAGCAACGACGUACACGGUUGCGAGCGAGACGGUGCCGGAAUUCUGGUACCCAACAUUUGGAGGCACGUUUAGGUAGAGAUAUAAGGUAGUUUUAAUUAGCUUUCAGCAUGUACACGUGCUAAGCAAUUUGUACAUGUCCAGAUUACAAACAAACACAGUGUUGAGGCUAAAGCAAAGCAAAGGCGCAUGUUGCUAGAGUACUAAGAUAGUAUGUAUGUAAACGGUGAUCAUUAAACAUAAUAUUAGUAGC